AUGGCCAAGCCUCUUGGCCUUGUGCCAAAACCUAUGCCAAGACAAGAACUGGAGUCAUCCAGGAACCACCUGGGCCUGAAGGAGAAAAUCCCUGUGGAUAAAGAGGUGAACCCGAGGCUGGCUAAGCUAAUGUGUUUUGAAUGUGGGGAGCCCAGAUACAUCAAAAUGGAGUGGCCAAUACUGCAGAAGCCUAUGGACUGCUCCCUAGCCCAGAAGACAGGGCCAAUGUACCCAAGCUUCUGUACCAUGAGUUUACCCCAGAAGGGCAAUGGGUUAUUUCGGGUAACCAUCCUCAUUAACCAGAACAUGGUCCUUUCCUUGGUGGACACCAGUAGUGAACUUACUUUGACUUCAGACAGCUUCCAAUAUACAACAGAUUUCUAUGUGUCUUCUGAUUAUGACAGUCACAUUCCUCAGAUCUGUGACGUGAUUGCAAUACAGGAAUUCAGCAGAAUCUUUCAACCAUUUGUGCAACCUUUUAUAUUUCUGAUUGGCAUAUGUGGCAAUAGCUUGGUUCUCCUUACAUAUAAAUUCACCAAACAAGUAAAAACCAUGACUGAUAUCUAUUUGAUUAAUCUGGCGAUAGCUGACCUUCUCCUGCUCUUAACACUGCCCUUUCUGUCUGUCAGUGCAGUUAAAGGUUGGGUGUUUGGCAAUGUGAUGUGUAAAAUGAUGCAUGGGGUCUACUCCAUCAAUUUCUUUAGUGGAUUACUUUUCCUGACCUGCAUCAGCGUGGACAGAUACAUUGUGAUUGUCCGAGCUGUAAAGGCCCAUACGCUACGCCAGAGAUCCAUUUACUACAGCAAAAUAAUUGCCAUGAUUGUCUGGGUUGCAUCAGUUUUACUCAGUCUCCCAGAAUUAAUCUACAGUGAAUCAAGACUGUUAGAUGGAUCACACAUCUGUAAGAUGAUAUUCCCAGAAGAGGUCACCAGUGCCGUUAAGACCACAAGUAACAUCUUUCAGAUCAUUCUUGGCUUCUUUAUACCUUUCUGUGUGAUGGUCGUGUGUUAUUCCAUUAUCAUCAAGACCCUGUUGUCAGGCAGGAGAUUUCAGAAGCACAAAGCUCUUAAAGUCAUCCUCUCACUUGUGCUAGUCUUUGUGAUCUUCCAACUCCCAUACACACUGGUCACUUUUAUAGAAACCACCGAUUUCCUAGGAAGCCAUCAGAUGACCUGUGAAGUGAGGAAGAGUAAAGAUAUCGCAAUCAUCAUCACCAGCAAUUUGGCAUUCUCACGAUGCUGUCUUAAUCCAAUCCUAUAUGCAUUUAUAGGGGUACAAUUCAGAAAUGAUAUCCUGCUUCUUCUGAAGAAUAUUGGCUGCAUCUCCAGAAACCGUCACUGUGUAUCAAGCAGAAAUUGCCACUCUCCAGUGACGAUGGACACCAGCAGUUUCACUCUGUAGAUGUGAUGGAGAGAGACAUCUCUUUUUUGAGACACCUUAAAGAAGAUUUAAUACAGAAGAAUUCCAUCCCAAGCUUAAUAAGUGGAGAUCAUUACAUGUUGGAAUGCAGAACUUUACUUGCUUGUGGUCUAGCAACUCUCUCUGCCUGCUUUGAUCUGGUGGGGCUCCAAAGGUUUUAUUGAUCCAAAGGUGUUCUGCUCUCUCCCACUACUGCUUGUCCGUUUCAAUUGGACAGCUGUAUCAUUA